UUCGCAACACCCAACAAGCAGAGAACAUGAGGGCGACUCUUUAUUUUUACGCAGUAGUUUUUUAUCCUUUUCUCUCAAUCGGAAGUACUUGUGAUCCAAGUGAAUACAGAACUGCUUGGGGAGAUUGUUGUCCAAUGUGCAAUAUAGGAACAGUAGUAUACCAUGACUGUAAUGAAGAUAUGAGUACCACAUGCAUACCCUGCCCUCCAGGAACAUUCAUGAAUCAAAUCAAUGGUCUUCAUCGGUGCUUCACAUGCAAAGACUGUGCUAAAAGUCAAGGCCUUUACAUCCAGAGUAAAUGCACUACAAUACGAGACACUGUGUGUGAUGUGCUUGAUGGAUAUUACUGCAUUGAUUACUCAGAUUCACAGUGCCGUCGAGCUCAAAAACACAGAGUUUGCAGACCAGGACAAGAAACAAGAACACCAGGGACGAAGGCAUCAGAUACAGAAUGUGUGGACUGUGCUCAUGGGUUUUAUUCUCCAUCAGGGCUGAGCUGCACCCAAUGGAGAGACUGUGCAGCCAGAAAUGAGAUUCUGAAAGAAUGUGGCAGUCCUGUGAAAGAUGUCACAUGUGAACAGAAGCCAAAGAAAAGAAAUGAUCUUUUAGAUUUAAUUUCAACUACCUUAGAAGAUGUCUACAGAAUUUUUUUCUCUUAAGUUCAGAAAGCCAAUAAAGGAUUCUAAACAGCUAGCCAGCGCUGAAACCACGGAGGUGUUGAAGUUGUCAUAUUGCUGUUCUCCACCAAAAGAGGACGCCACUGACUGACAGCUAAACUUAAUCGUUACUUUGGCUGUUGUCUGUAAUAACCAGCACAGUAUUGCUGACGAGUGUCUAUUGCACACCCGACACAAUAUGUUAUUAUGCAUGUAAUAUUAGUCAAGAAAAUAUUAAAGAGCAUAUAUAUCAGAUCAUUAGCAAAAACUGAUAUGAGUGUUCAAUAACUAUUACAAUGCAAGCUUUUACUAUAUUUCACACUAUAUUGCAUAAAAAUAAUUGUUUACAAUGCAUCUUGUUUGGAGAGACAGUAU